AGACGCUAAUCUUAUCGGGUCAGGACCCAAAUCUGCCCAUUUGGGCUGCGAAACCUACUUCGUCUCCUCCAAAUGCACGCUGGUGCCAGCGAGAGGGAAGAAGAAGAGAAAGAAGAAUACAAUGGAGAAAAUCUCUGCUGCGUGCGCCAUGAACUGGAGCAUCGAGCUCGAAAAAGGCCUGCGCUCCAACAACCCAGCUCGUCGACUCGAGGCAAUAUCCCAAAUUGGUCCCAGACUCAAUCAAUGGAGCAAAGAACCCAUCGUCACUUUCGGCGUCUCAUCCAUCUAUGGCCUCGUCCCCGGAGAAGACAGGCUCUUCGCCAACACCAUCCUCCUCCGGCUCGCCGAAGCUUUCGGCAGCGGCGAUAACGCUACAAGAAGAGGCAUUGUGAAGAUUUUCAUGGCGGAGUUGAAGAGAAUUUUGAAGGAGGGGAGAAAGUACGAUGGGAUUCUGUCGAAGGAGAGAGUGCCCAAUUACGUUGAGAUGAUUAAGAGAGUCAAGAAAGCUUUUGACGGUGGUGAUUUGGAGGCAAAGGUGCUGGCUUUGAGGCUGUUUGGUUGCUGGGUUGAUCUUGCGAAGGACAGUGUGCAGAUAAGAUAUAUGAUUUUGUUGAGUUUGCAGUCUUUGGAUGUUUCGGAGGUGAAGGCUGCAUUGUUUGCUGCUGGUUGCUUUUGUAGAUUAUCUGAGGAUUUUGCGUGUGUUGUUUUGGAGAUGUUGGUCGGUAUUAUAACAUCAGAGAAAAUAUCUUUGGAUGUGAAGCUGGGUGCAAUUCGCAUUUUCGCUAGAAUGCGAUGCUCGUCUUCUAUUGCUUAUAAAGCUUACAAGGCUGGUAAAGAGCUGAUGUUAUGUUUACAAGAAGAUGAACUGAAAGCUGAAAUGUUGUCAUCACUCUCGAAAUUGGCUUUUGGUUCGCAUAAUUUAAUUCCUCAACAGGUGGAUGUCCUAUUAUUAUCAUCUGGGAGCCAUGAAUCUCCAUCCCUUGUAAGAGAUAGAGCACUAAAAUAUUUAUACAUGCUGUUUGGUGGAGGUGCCUGCUGCUUUGCCAUUCAUGGAAAUGUGUUAACUGCAUUGAUCAAGAUCCUUGAUGAGAAAGAGCUUUCACCAAAAUUUCGUUGUAAAGUUCUACAGAUUUUACAUAAGGUAGUGUGUGGUAUUCUUCCAGAUCUGCCUUGGAUAGACAUGACUGAUCUUUUUAGUCUUGUUCUUAUUGUGAAAAAUGCUGCACAAUCUUCUCUCAAGGCAGAGAGAAUCCUUGCUCUUUAUUUCCUUGUAGAUAUGGUCUGCAUUUUAAAGAAAUUAAUACAAGCACACUUGAGUUCUUUUCCUGAAAAGUGGGAGGCCAUGUCCUUGGAAUUUCAAAGAAGUUCUGAUGAUUGUCAAGAUAGAUCCACACUUCUAGUUCGUGCUGCAAUUCAGUUAAUUAUAGAUGAGAUGAACUCUCUAAUGAAGCCGGUAAUGUUUGGCUCUGGUGUUGCUCUGCCUGAAGCAAAGCAAGAAUUCAGAAGCUUACUUAAGCUUAUUCUUCAGCUUGUUCUGGAGUAUUCUUCAUUAGCUCAUGUUAUCCUUGAUAGGCUAAGAUUUUUAAUACAAACUUGGGCUAGUGCAUGUACCACAGUUAAUACGCAAAUUGCCAACUUUUCUGGAGGACUUUCUCAAGCAGAAUGCAAUGCCUACAAGUGUGAGUAUCUUCUCGAAGCUCAUGGACCUGAUAAUGGAAAGGAGAGAUCUGUUAGUUAUGAGCUAAUACCAUGCAUUUGCAGGUUCACAAUUUCUUGCCUCAAUAUACUUGAUGAAACUGGCGCGCUAAGAAGUGAAGUAUGUCACAUAGUGAGGUCCUUACUGGAAUGCAUAAGGAAGAGUGGAUCUUGUGAUGCAUGUGAAAUGUAUUCACUUGAUAUGCAUUUAGAUAUUUUGUUCAGCAGUUGUUGGAAGACUGAAAAAAAUAUGCAGCAUUAUGAGGAAUCCAAGUUUUGUUCUGGGUCAGGCUUCUCUCACAACGUGUACUGGGUUGCUCAGGAAAAAUCUGCACUAUAUUUUACCAAAAACAUGUUAAGAGAAAGGAAGUACUGGGAAGCCUAUAGAGCUGGAAUGUAUGCUUGUCAGGAAGGCGCAUGGUUUGCAGCUGCUUUUACAUUUAGGAAAUUGAUGGACCGUGUGCAAUCAGAAUUUUUCCGUUCAUGGAUUAGAUCUCUGAUGCUUUUGGCUGGUGCAGAAAGUGAAAUUAAACUGAUUCUUUUCCCAGACGUAGGAAUUGAAAUGAUUAACAGGAUGCACACUAAACAUGAUUGUGAAAAAGCAUUUGGUAGUGUUGAACGAGGAAAAGAGUGUAAAAGGGGAGAUAUUAAUUUGCGUGCUUCUAGAGGAAGGUUCACAAAGAUUCAUAGUAGAAUCUGCUCUUCUGAGGAGAUUUUAUCAGCUUCUGAGGCUACUGAUGGUGUCUACUAUUUCCAGAGAUGGUUUUUGAGUCUCAGAAGCAAGGUCCUCAAUAUCGUUACUGAUAUGUUAAGGCUCUUUGACUCGCAUGCAUUUAAUGAAAAACGACUUGACAAAGGUCUUGAAGGAAGUAUGAAAACCCCUUUUAACCUUCAAGCUUUACAUGCCAUUACAUCUGAUUUCGUCAAUCUUUCACUUAAAUUGAAUGGUAUUGCAAAAGAAUAUGAUCUCCUUGCUGUGUCUUUCUUGGAUAUUGAUCAUAAAAGUUUUAGGAACAUCUCAAGGCAGGCUCUUAGCUGUUCUGUAUUAGCAUUCUGCACUUCCUUUGCUCUCUUCUUUUUGAACUCACCUGCCCACAAGAAUGCCUUGUCCAGCAUUCAGGGUGAUAUGGUAAAAAUUUCACAAACUAAAGUUUUGAAGGACUUAACUGAGAGGUUGUGGAAUCUGGAUGAAAAAUCUGCUACUGAACUUCAGAAGUUGAUGGCCAUACGCAGGGAAGCAGUGCAUAACAUGCAAUCCAGAACUGAAUCAAAUAACUGUGUGCUUAUUGAUAGGGUAGCUUUAUUGGUCUACAAGUGUUGCAUAGCAGGUACUCUGGACAUUCAAGAAGACUCGAAAGGAGUGAAAGAUGAAGAAGGUUUACUUAGACUUUGUUCGAAGGGAAUUCGAAUGUUGUCUGGUAUAAUUGAAAGGUGGAUCGAGGUACCUUGCUCUAUUCCAAAAUAUUUCUUCAGGAUAAGGACUUGUGUUUGUGCAGAGCUUUUCAUCUUCAAUACUGAUUCCUCAAAUCCUAACAGAUUAUCUAUUACACCAGGCUCCCAGUUGUCUUUAAAUCUCUGUCUCCAGCUGAAAAGUUCAUCACAAGUUCCUCUUGAAGGCAUUGCUAAAAUCUACUGCAUUAUUGCGGCAAGACCAUCUGACGGUCUGCUUAAUGAUGAUGGCAAACUUGGUAAACAAAAACCGUGGCGUUUCCAAGCUAGUAAAAGUGAUGAAAUACUUGAAUUGUAUGAUAUAUUAUUGCAUCACAUAAGGAUCAACACCAUGAAGGCUUCCAAUAAGCGUUCUGAUGUUGAUGAUGGUGGUUUGGUGACUUCUUUUGUUUAUUUUGAACCUAAUGAUAAGGGGCAAGGUUUUUCAACAUGUUUGUUAGAUGUUUCUGCAUUCCCUGAAGGCUCAUAUCCAAUAAAGUGGCAUAGCUGUUGUGCCGAUAAAAAAGGCCACUAUUGGAGCCUUUUACCUUCGAACCUCGGGUUGUUCUUCACAAUUAAGAAUUCAUGAUGCAGAAGUUCUUUAAAAAAGCUUCCAUCUUGUAUGUGAUGGAUUAAUAAGCUAUUCUGCCUUC